AUGCUACAGAAUCUGAAGGUGAAGAAAAAGACGAAGAAGGAGGGAGCAGCUCUGAGGUGGAUGAAACAGAGGAGGAGGAAGAAGAAGAUAAGGGAGAGACUGGAGAAGAGGAUAGAGAGGAAGAAGAGGAGGAAAGUGAGGAUGAAGAAGAACAAGGUGGGGAUGAAGAAGAACAAGGUGAGGAUGAAGAAGAACAAGGUGGGGAUGAAGAAGAACAAGGUGGGGAUGAAGAAGAACAAGGUGAGGAUGAAGAAGAACAAGGUGAGGAUGAAGAAGAACAAGGUGAGGAUGAAGAAGAACAAGGUGAGGAUGAAGAAGAACAAGGUGGGGAUGAAGAAGAACAAGGUGGGGAUGAAGAAGAACAAGGUGAGGAUGAAGAAGAACAAGGUGAGGAUGAAGAAGAACAAGGUGAGGAUGAAGCAGAACAAGGUGAGGAUGAAGAAGAACAAGGUGAGGAUGAAGAAGAACAAGGUGAGGAUGAAGAAGAACAAGGUGAGGAUGAAGAAGAACAAGGUGAGGAUGAAGCAGAGAGUGCUGACAGUGAAGAGUCAGGAGAGGAGGGCAAAGAGGGAAGUGACUCCACAGAGUCAGCAAAGAGUGAAGAAGAAGAAAAUGAGACUGACAAAGAAGAAGAGGCUGAAACUGAAGGACAGAAAGAUGAUCAAGACUCCACCAAAAGUGAAGAUGAGGAGGAAGGCUCAGAGGAAGAUGAUGAUGAUGAAGAAGAUAGUGAGGCUCAUGAAGAGGAGGAAGAGCAAGGUAGAAAAAGUGAUGAAGAUAACAAAGAGGAGGACGAGGAAGAAGAAGAUAAGGGAGAGACUGGAGAAGAGGAAGAGGAGGGAGAAGAUGAAGGAAAGGAUGGAGAAGCAAAGGGAGAGACUGCUGAGGAGGAGGAGGAGGAGGAGGAGGGUGGUACAGGGGAUGAGGAAGAAGAGGCUCCGGAAGAUGGUGAUGAAGAACAAGAUAGUGAUGCUCAUGAAGAGGAGGAAGACCAAGAUGGAAAAAGUGAUGAAGAUAAUGAAGAGAAGGGCGAAGAAGAGGAAGAAGACAUAGAGGAGGAAGAAGAUAAGGGAAGGAGUGGAGAAGAGGAAGAAGACAUAGAGGAGGAGGAGGAAGAUAAGGGAAGGAGUGGAGAAGAGGAAGAAGACAUAGAGGAGGAGGAGGAGG